AUGAAGAAAAACUAUAACUUACUAUCUUCACUACAAAAACAUCAAUCCAACCGUCGAUCAAUCCAACAAAUUCACGCUCACUUAAUCACCACCGUACCACCACCGUCCACCACCCUUUGGACCACCGUCCUCCGCCACUACUCUCUUGGAGAUUCGCCGGAAGAAGCAUUUUUGCUCUAUAAACACCACCUUCACACCACCACUGCAUUUCACAGCAAUAGUUUUACCUAUGCUUACUUGAUCAAAUCUUGUGCUAAUUCAGACUUACCCGGGUCGGGUUCUCAGCUCCAUUGUGUCACUUUCAAAUGUGGGUUUCAAACCCAUGUUUACGUUCAGACUGCUUUGGUUAACAUGUAUGUCGUUUGUGGGUGUAUUCAAGAAUCUCGAAAGGUGUUCGAUGAAAUGCCUGAGAGAAAUUUGGUUACUUGGAAUGUUUUGGUUACUGGGUUAGCGAAACAAGGCCAAAUGGUGUUGGCUAGAUCCUUUUUUGAUGUAAUGCGGGUUAAGAAUGUUGUUUCUUGGAGCGGUAUGAUUGAUGGGUAUACACGAGCUAAUCAAGCAAAGGAAGCUGUGAUGAUGUUUCGACAUAUGAUUGGGUUUAAUGGGAGUGUUAAGCCGACUGAGAUAACUGUUUUAGCAGUUUAUCCUGCGAUAUGGAAUCUUAGGUCGUUGGAACUGUGUCAAUCGGUUCAUGGUUAUGGAGAGAAAAAUGGAUUUUAUGUCAGGGAUGUACGUGUUACGAAUGCUCUUAUUGAUGUGUAUUCCAGGUGUGGGAGUGUGCAUAACGCUUUGCGAGUUUUCGAGUUUAUAGAAAGGGAUAAGAAGAACUUAGUGUCGUGGACGUCAAUUAUAUCUGUGUUUGCAAUGCAUGGAAUGGCAAUGGAAGCAGUGGAUAGUUUUAAAAGAAUGGAGGAAGUUGGGAUGAAGCCUAACAGGGUUACUUUCUUGAGCAUUCUAAGUGCUUGUAGUCAUGGUGGAUUAGUUGAAGAAGGGUUGAUGUUUUUCAGGAAAAUGGUGGAUGAUUCUAAUAUUGUGCCAGAUAUAAAGCAUUAUGGCUGCUUAGUUGACAUGUUGGCGAGAGCAGGGAGGCUAGAAGAAGCAGAGAAUAUGGCUUUGGAGGUACCGAAGGAUAUAGCUAAUGCUGUCAUUUGGAGGACACUGCUUGGGGCAUGUAGCUACUAUAAUAACGUUGAGAUGGGGAUGAGAAUCUCAAGCAGAAUAUUUGAAAUGGACAGACGUUACUCUGGUGAUUACGUCCUUAUGUCCAACAUCUUUUCCAGUGUGGGUGAUUAUGUUGAUUCGGAAAACAUUAGGAGAAAAAUGGAUCAAAUGGAUGUUUGUAAAGUGCCGGGUCACAGUUACGUUUAAAGUCUGGAAAAGUAGAGGGGUAAAAUUGGCUUGUUAGAUAAUGGGUCAAAAUAUGUUCAGGUAAGUAUGGGUUGAAACAAAUCCUGGUUAAAUAGAACCGCUGCAUUCUUUGUCAGAAUCUUUCACUAUGGGUGUCAUUCAACCCAUGCCUAACUUGGCAAAAAAGAUUACGACUUGCUGGAGGUAAACAUAACCCAAAUGGUCCCAUUCAUAACUAAAUGGGUAUAAGUGACGCCUCUAUCAAACUUUGGUUGGUCUUAGACAAUUCCUAUCCUGGGAGGGGUAUGAAAUUUUUGUUCUGAAGCCCAUACUAGAAGGCUGCAAAUUGAUUCUUGGCUUUCUCAUGUCAGUAUAUUUUGAGCAACACAAAACAGAUAGCUGGAAAUCUAUAUUUGCCUUGGAGUUAUUAGAGAUACUUGUACUGUAGGGUUAUCAAAACCCUAUAUGUCCGUGUAUUAUGCGGAAGAAUAAUCUAGUACAGUAUUAGACAAGCAUACAAUGUUCAACGGAGUUGCAUAUUGGUUUCAUAACAUUUACAGAUUUAAUAUGAAUUGCAUGUAUACUUCUUUAACAAGCAUGAAAUAGCAUACUUAU